GUGACAAUGUUGAAGAAAACAAAAGCAAAAAACAAAUAGAUCUUUUUAAGGCCCGAAUAGCUAGAGAAUCACCUUUAAUUUUACCAUCACAUACUCUAAUUACUCCUGCUAUUACAAAUGAAGAAACUGCUAAAAAAUAA